UUACCAUAAAUGCUUUCGUCACUCAAUUAAGGCGCGAAAGACCCAAACUAUCGUCCGCGAGGUGGCUUUACUUGGAGUCUUGCUAUUAAUUUGCUGUGCAUAAAUUAGUUGAAUAGUUAGGUCCUCCAGGAAAUUCAGUGCAGUUAAUUUUCUCGGGAUUUUUAGCAUAAUGAUUGGACAGAAAACUAUUAACUCGUUUUUCUCACCGGUUUCUAAAAAGAGGGCGUCUAAGGAGACAAAUGAAACAACGAAGGAUGCUAUCGAGCCGAAAAAGCCGAAGAUCGCGGCAGCGGAUCCAGAACCGCCCGGUUCUCCUCUGUCUCCGGAGCAGCUGGAAAAGAUGGCCCGCAACAAGAGAGCGGCGCUGGAGAGGCUCGCUUCCGGACUGACCCCGCAAGGGUUCAGUGAGAGCUGGCGCCGGGAACUCCUGUUUGAGUUUACGAAACCUUAUUUUAAAGAUCUGACAAAGUUUGUUUCUGACGAGAGGAGGCGCGGCACUGUGUACCCACCUGCAGAUCAGGUCUUCACCUGGACCCAGAUGUGUGACAUCAGAGACGUCAAAGUGGUGAUUCUGGGACAGGAUCCAUAUCAUGGUCCUGGUCAAGCUCAUGGAUUGUGUUUCAGCGUGAAACGACCUGUUCCUCCUCCACCCAGCUUGGAGAACAUGUACAAAGAACUGGCUUCAGAUGUUGAAGGUUUUAAGCAUCCUGGUCAUGGAGAUCUGUCUGGAUGGGCUCAACAGGGUGUGCUCUUGCUGAACGCUGUGCUGACCGUUCGAGCACACCAGGCCAACUCCCACAAAGACAAAGGUUGGGAGGUCUUUACUGAUGCUGUGGUUCAGUGGCUCAGCAACAACCUGCAGGGCCUCGUUUUCUUGCUUUGGGGGGCAUAUGCUCAGAAGAAAGGAUCUGCCAUCAACAGGAAACAUCACCACGUGCUGCAGGCGGUGCAUCCUUCUCCCCUCUCAGCUCAUCGAGGGUUUUUUGGUUGCAAACAUUUUUCAAAGACCAACGAGCUGCUAAAGAAGUCUGGAAAGUCUCCCAUUGAUUGGAAAGCACUUUAAGUUAAUGUGUUUGGUAUAUUUUCCAAUAAGUGUUCCUUAACUCUAGACCAAAACCCACUCAUAAGCUUUCCCUUUUUCUUCCUGAAAUUGUUUGUGUAAGUUUACCAUUUUUUAUUUUUUAUUUUUACAUGUUCUAAUAGAAUGUUUGUGCGAGACACAUUUCUAUCAUCUUGGCCUUCAAAUCUGGAUGGUUGCUGUUGUGAUGGGAAUUCUGUCAUCUAUACAGAUAAACAGAUCUGUAAGUUUUUAGUUUAUGCAAUAAAGUUUAUUUUCUUAUGUUUCCUAAAACAAUGUCCUUUUCAAUACAAAUCAGAUGAUGUGUUUGUUGUGAUUUCUUCCUGUACAUUUAUGGGUAAUUUUACAUAAUUAACAAAAGUUGUAUUUUUGUA